AGAGAGAGAGAGAGAGCAUGUUAAACAAAUAUGUGUGAUUUGUGCCUCUGUUUUUUUCUGACUCUCUAUGAAGGAGGCCAAGCAGCUGCAAGCAGGAGAUACUGCUGUUCUGCCAAGUAUCAGUGAACUCGAAGCAGCAGAGCAGGAGGCAGCCCGGUUGGGCGGUACGACCGUCAUCCAUUUCCUGCACGUGGUCAUACUUGGAGCGGCACGCGUUGGAAAGACCAGCUUGCUGAAGGCGUUGCUUGAGAAGAUGCACAAUGAGAAUGAACUCAGCACACCCGGCAUGCGCACGUCCUACGCAACUACAAACAUCUCUGAUGACUGUCGAUUCAUCGAAUGCCCAGACAUGCCAGAUGCUCUGAGUCGACUCUACGUCAUCACCAUGAUGUGCAAACCAUCCACUUCGAAUCAUCCCCAAGACAAAGAGACAACACAAGAUGACAGAGAGAGAGCCCCAGCAGGAGAGGAUCCUGUGGCUGGGACCCAUGCAGGACCUAUGGAGGACAGCAGUAGCAGCAGCAGCAGAAGCAGCAGCAACGGGCCAGCAAUGCGCGAGGAAAUCCACGAGACCAUCACAGGAUUUCUCAACGCAGACCGGGUAAAGUACAUCUCUGACCGGGCCAACACGCCCAACUAUACCGUCAUCACAUUCCGCGACCUUGGAGGGCAGCAAGUCUACCAAUCCGUGCAGCCCCUCUUCAUGGCCAAAAACACAACCUUCAUUGCCACAUACAACUCUUCUCUGGACCUUCUAGAGACCCUUCCCAAGCUUGAUGAAUUUCAGGUCAGCCGGGAAGAAUGUAUCGAGCGGGCCACUCUACCGGCCAAUGCGACUCGCCUAGACCAGCUGCUCGGCUGGCUCGACAUGCUGCUGCUGAAUGCGAAAGCUGACAGCAGCACAGACCAGAGUGCUGCAGAUGAUGUGUUUGUAGUGGGGUGUCAGAGUGACAGGUGGAACAAAACCGAUUUGCCUGAUCCUUGUAAGCUACUUCAAGAGAAGAUAAAAGGUACGCGGUACCAGAACCUUGUCUGGAACGACACUUCGCACUUCAAAAUCGACAACACCAGAUCCACUGGAAGUGCAGGACAAGCAGAUGAGCUGCAGCGAUUGAGAGAGGCCAUCAUCGACCGCUGCCAGAAGAGCCAACGUAACAUCCCUGUUCCAUGGCUCCGAUUCUGCAUAUCCAUACACACGCUCAAGCAGGAGGUCACUUGGCCUUGGAUUUCCUUCAAGGAGGCAAAGUUCAUAGCGAAGCAAAUCAAGGCUGUUCCACAUGACUGCAGUGACCGGCAAAUACAGCUGCUGCUGAAGUACUGCCACGAAGCAGGCCACCUGGCGUACUUCCCAACUUUCAAGCUGAAAGACACGGUCAUCCUGGAGCCCCAGUUCAUCCUGGACUGUGUCAAUGCCUUUGUCUACAUGAAGCCUGACCGAGACAUCACAGUGCACGAAGCGCGGUGCUAUCGUUCUGGGUUCAUGACGGAGUCCCUGGCACGCAAAGCUCUCAACAAGAUGUUCGAGGGUCAGUCUUACUGCGACCAUGCUAAGGCGUGGCAAGCAGUCAGAGCAAGCAGUGAUGGGUUCAAGCUCAUUUUUGAAAUCCUAGAAUGGCUCUCAGUCCUGGUAAUUGUGCAGGAUGAGAGGUCUGCUGAGCACGAGUUUAUUGUACCUGCAGUCGUCCUGGAGAUGGGCACGGACCCGCAAACGCCUUGUUCCUGUGCCUAUGUGUCCGUGAAGCACACAAACCGAGAUGAGUUGAUGCACUUUCCCGUGUUCCUGUAUUGGCAAUGCGUGGUGGAGGUGCUGCUUAAGUCACACAAGCGCUCAGCUGCCACACUGUCACGGUGCAGCGUUCGCCUUCGCUGGAACAGAGAUUGGCCGUGGCUGCACCUGCACUAUACACGCUACGGCUUACAAGUGUACGUCGAGUGCAAGGGCCGACACGGCGGUAGCGGAAAGUCUACGCUGGAUGAAGUCCGGGCAAUCGUGCUCACAGUGGUACGGAAGUGGGGCCUGCAGGUCGAAGUGAUCAGCACAUUGCCAUGCCCCUGCGGAGAAACAUCGGGCGAGGAGUGUUUACAGCAUGGCUUAUCUACGUGCCGCGCGCCAAGCUGUGCGCACGCCUUGGACGCUUCCACCCUAGUGGCUGAAGACUACCCACUGUGUACACGUUCAAAUCCGGAUAUACAGAUGAUCCGUGAGCAGGCCAUGUUCUGGCUGGGCCUUGACCAGGGUGCAUGUGGAAAGCUGUUUGACCCGAGAUCGGCCUCUCUUCCUUCAGGUUAGUUGGAUGCACAAUACAAACAGAUCUGGUACUUCCAAAUGAUGUUUUGCAUGAUGGCCGCAUUCGUGUGAACCUUUAGUCGCAAGGAAACCGGUACGCUGUUCUAUUUUCGUUUUGAGUUACCUAUUCCCGUUCGGGUAUUGAACACGGCAUGAGCACAGGACCAUAUCUGCUGUGGAUAGAAUGUAAAAUUUGAGCCUCUUCUCACCGCAAGCUGGUGUUUGAUCCCAGCCAACACUGCAGUUCUGACUCUGUUUUGGGCCCUGGACAACCGACAUGUCGUAGAAUUGCUAAGGGGUCGCUGUCAUAUGUUGUCGCCCUGAAGCGAACAUCAUCCGUGGUAGAGGAGGAGGGUGGGAGGUCGAAAAUCGUAACUUGCUCAACAAUGCACUACGUGUACAUGCACUUGAUUUAUGGUGUCCAGC